AUGCCAACACCUCCUCCUAAUUGGGUUAAGGCCCUGAAGCCGUCGGGUCCGCAAGGAUCUGAGCUCCUCCAACAGGAGCGUGCUCAAUCGAAUGUCGACGUGGAAAGAUUAUCCGAGCUGCUGCAUACAAAGGAAACCCUAGAGCGACGAGCAUCCCUCCUAGCUCUUUUGCAACCCGAAAAAGUAUUUGAUAAGUCUCAAAAUCAUACUUUGGGCCGUGUAGAACGGCUCCAGCGGUCACUGGGCAAGGCCAAACGCCUCCAGCAGCUUGCAGAAGAGCACAAAUGGUCAAUGACAGAGCUCCAUGCGGCCAAUGACUUGAUCGGUGAACCUACUCCAUAUGGUUUACACGCCAGCAUGUUCCUGGUGACUCUCCGGGAACAAGGCACCCCCGAGCAGCACAAACUGUUCCUUGAACGUGCAGAAAAAUACGAGAUCAUCGGUUGCUAUGCGCAAACAGAAUUGGGUCACGGAUCGAACGUGCGCGGUUUGGAAACCACCGCCACCUGGAACUCCAACGAUAAGACAUUCACCAUCAACUCCCCAACAUUGACUGCUUCGAAGUGGUGGAUCGGAUCCCUCGGUCGCACGGCCAAUCACGCUGUGGUUAUGGCCCAGCUGUUUAUUGAUGGCAAGAACUACGGUCCACACCCGUUCGUUGUGCAGGUCCGUGACCUCGAAACCCAUCAGCCAUUGGAUAAUGUAUAUGUGGGUGAUAUUGGUCCCAAGUUUGGUUACAACACGAUGGAUAAUGGUUUCCUGCUGUUCAACAACGUCAAGAUACCCCAUGUCAACAUGCUAGCCCGCUUCUGUCAGGUCGACAAAGAGACGAACCACUAUGCUAAGCCUGCUAUGCCGUCUCUUGUCUUUGGUACUAUGACUUGGGUGCGCGCCAAUAUUGUUCUCGAUGCCGGCGGUGUUCUGGCUCGCGGUGUCACUAUUGCGACCCGGUACUGUGCAGUUCGGAGGCAAUUCCAGGAUCGUGAUGCGGAUCCACACGCGGGUGAGACCCAAGUACUGAAUUAUAAGAUGGUCCAAGUGCGCUUGCUCCCGCUUUUGGCAUCCAUGUAUGCCCUUCAUUUCACUGGUCGAGGCAUGAUGCGUCUGUAUGAGGAGAAUCAAAGCCGCAUGAAAGCAGCCAGUUCGCCGGACCAGGAGUCGCGGGGCGCUGGACCCGAGCAGCUUCGCGCCGGUGCAAAUCUUCUGGCAGAUCUACAUGCCACCUCCUGUGGUCUCAAGGCUCUGGCCAGUACCACUGCUGGUGAGGGUCUGGAGGUCUGCCGUCGCGCAUGUGGUGGCCAUGGAUACAGCAGCUACAGCGGCAUUGGACCGGCAUAUGCGGACUAUCUGCCCACACUGACCUGGGAAGGUGACAACUAUAUGUUGACCCAGCAAGUUGCACGUUACCUUCUUAAAUCUGCCCGUGCCGUCCUGGCUGGCAAGCCGGCUGGUAACGACACUAGCCAGAUCCUCCAGUCAUACCUUGACCGACGCGACAAGGGAGCUUCAUUCGAUGUGCUCGAUGAAGAUAAGGACAUUGUUGCUGCCUUUGCAUGGCGCACGGCCCAUCUGACUUUUGAGGCCCUGAAGCAUCGGGAUGCUGAGCAGCGCUCCUGGAACAGCCUCUUGGUUGACUUCUGGCGCUUGUCCACGGCUCACUCUCAGUACCUGAUGGUGAAGAACUUCUACGAGGCGACCAAGGGCCUCAUGCACCAAUUAUUCCGACUCUUCUCGCUGCAUACCUUGGAGCGCGAAGCGGCUGAGUUCUUCUCUUCCGGUGCGGUCACUGUGCGACAAAUCACACUGACUCGGACUACUGCGGUACUAAAACUGCUCGAUGAGAUCCGCCCGCACGCUGUCCGAUUGGUCGAUGCCUGGGCGAUUCCGGACUGGCAGCUGGACAGCAGCCUGGGUCGCUAUGACGGUAAGGUGUACGAGGAUCUGUUCCGCCGGGCAAGCGAGGAGAACCCUGUUAACGACUUGGUGUUCGACCCUUACCCGUGGAGUUCGGCAUUGCUCAAGAAUGAGCCGGCCAAGAGCAAGCUGUAA